GCCACUCUUGGUCAAAAAGUCAACAAACAAAUAAUUUUUGUUUUAAAAGUUUAAAUGUGUUAAUUUAAGCAUGAUUUGCCGUUUGUGCCUGAACAGCGUCAACGAUUCGGAUACGAUAAGGAUUUUCGAGGACAUUGGCCUCUCGCUAAAUGUGGCUAAUGUGCUGGCGAAGUACUUUUGGUUUGAGCCUAAAUGCGAUGAUCCUAUAUCCACGGUGAUUUGUUUGACCUGCUGGAACCAGGUGAACGAUUUCCAUAAGUUUUAUGUGACGGUGGAAAGUGCACAUCUUCUGCUAACGGAAAGGUUUUCGUUGAAAACUGUCCAGGAUCAGGGGAAACCGGAGCCGGAUGAUGGUUUGGAUUUUCAGGAUGAGGCGGAGGAUGAGGAUCAGGCGGUCGGCUUGCCCGCUAGUGACUGCGAAUCUUUUAACAAUGAACAGUUCCUCAACGAAGUUAUUGCUCAGCAGGAGGGACAAGGUCCAUUAGAAGAAGAACCUGUCAAGGAAGCAUCUGAACCAGGAACGAAGCUUGAGGAUGAACUAGAACCCGUACCCACCUUACCCACAGAAGAACGAAGAGAAACGCGUUCCUCUACCAAGAGUAAAUCCAAUCCUGCAACCGAACCAAAACCUCCUCCUCUUCCUCUAAAAGAAUCAAAGAUUUUAGUAACUAAAACUAGAGCCAAGCGAAACCCCUCCAAAGCAGAAGUAUCCCCGCAAAAAACUAAACGCUAUGCAGACUACAAGCAGUCCAUGCUAGAGAUCGAUGCAAAGAUCUCUGCCCACAUGCGACUCACUUGCGAUGUUUGCCACGAGGGACAGGAGACGUUCCUGCUCUUGUGCAAGCACAUGUUGCAGGAGCACCACCGCAAAGGAUAUGCCAUCUGCUGCAACAAGAAGUUCUACAAGCGCUCCUUCCUCACCGAUCACAUCGAUCGCCAUGCCGAUCCCGAGAAGUUUAAAUGCACUCAGUGCGACAAGCGGUUUGCGGACAAACAGUGCCUGAGGAAUCACGAGCUGCUGAAGCACCAUCCGGAGGAGGAGAAGACUUUUAUGUGCGAGCAGUGUCCGAAAAAAUACACGAAGCAGUAUCUAUUGGACCAGCACCGCGUUAUCCACAAGGAGCGCAACGUGGUGUGCGACCUCUGCGAAAGAAGAUUUCCCAACCAAUCUCUGCUCUGCACGCACGUAAAGAUGGCCCAUGGCAAUUAUGGCACUAUGUGCGACAUUUGUGCCCAGGUAAUUCGCGGUCGAGCGGCCUUCCAGCGCCACCAACUGGAGCACGCUGGUGUCACAGAACCCAAGGUGCAGUGCGAUAUCUGUGGGUCGUGGCACAAAAACAAGCAUAGCCUUAAAAAGCAUGUGAGAAGACACAAUGGCACCGCUACCACCUGCGAAAUCUGCGGAAAGGUCUCCCCGAAUCGCAGCGCCAUGUUGAGUCACCAGCGAUAUGUUCACCUCACGGAUAAGAAGCAUGUUUGCAGCGUGUGCGACAAAGCCUUCAAAAAGGCCAUUACGUUAAAGGAGCACAUGGCCACGCACACUGGUGAGGUGCUCUACAAGUGUCCUCACUGCCCGAAAACCUUCAAUUCGAAUGCCAACCAGCACACUCAUCGCCGGAAAUGUCAUCCGAAAGAGUUCGAGGAGGCGCGAAAGGCACGCUCCGAGAAACGAAAGGCCAUCGAUGAAGUCGCACCCAGCAUCCUCACCAUCUCAACGGGCGGAGAUGGAGGCGAAACCACGCACAGCAUUCUGCUGACGAACAGCGACGAGGAUCUCAAGGCCGACGGCAUCGAGUUCACCCUGUGUCUUAGUCCCGAAAACACAGAUUAAAAAUCAUGUUUUUGUUAAAAAUCGUUACAUACAAUUGCAGCUCUGUUACAAAACCAUUUGACGGUGUAGGACUUAAUAGAAUUUUCUUAGAAAAGUUAAAUUCUUUUAUUUCCCUUCCCGCCAAGUUAAUAACUUUUUCUAUUAAGAAACAGAGACGUUUAUUUUAAGAUCCUUAGGCUAGCAGCGUUUAACAAAAUAGACGGAGAUUUUAAGUGGA